AUGACUAAGAGAGAAGAUAGCAGCAAAAGUAAGAAUAAAGAGAAAGAAAAGAAUUCGGAGAAAGACAAGAAUAAGGGAAAAGAAAAGGACAAAGAGAAGGGGAAAGAAAAGGAUACAUGUAAACCAUCGUUUCCGCCAAGAGAAAAAGAGAUGCCCGAAGAUAAAGAUAGUAAGAAAGACAAAAAAGAUGACAAGAAAGAUGAAAAGGACAAAGAUAAAGAUAAAGAUAAAAGCAAGUCGGAGAGUGAAUGUUGCAAACAAGUGAAGGAAGAACUGCGCAAGAAGAAAGAGGAGGAAAAGGAGAACAAAGGAAAGGGCGGAUCCAGAGGCGGCAGCGGCAAGGGAAAGGACAAGGACAAGGAGAAGGAGAAAGGGGGCGGGGGCAGUAGAGGGGGUUCUAGUCGCUCCCGCAAGGACAGCGGCAAGAAUAAGAAAGACUCCGGUAGUAAAGAUAGAAGCCGGGAGAAGAGUAGGGAACGGGACAAGAGCGGAGGCAGAAGCGAUGACGAGGGAAGAGGAAGAGACAAGGGCAAAGGCAAAGGCAAAGGGAAAGGGAAAGGCAAAGAUAAAGACAGGCGCAAGGGCAAGGGCGCAGACAAAGACCAAGAGAAAGAUAAGAAGAAAGACGAGAAAAAAAGUAGCAACAAAUGUCUUAACUGUUGUAAGGGGGGAGCAAAGGACGAAGAUCACGAAGCAUAUGGGAAAGGGAAGGAGUCGGACGGAGAAGAGGGCCGCAAGGGCUCCGCAAAGGCCGGCGCGAGGGACGGGCAGCGCUCUGGAAGCGCCAAGGGCCGCGGCGGCGGCGCCAAGGGCAGGGGCGGCGGCGGCGGCGGCGGCGGAAGGUCCGAUAGGGACGACGACAGCGACGCCGAAGGCGACCGAAGGAAGAAGCAGAAGGACCGCAAGGGACGCGCCGAUGCUAGAUCCAAAGGUGGCAAGAAAGGUCGCGGUAGUUCCAAAGAUAAAAAGAAGGGGCAGAAAAAGGACAAAAGAGAUCAGAAAGGCGCCAAAGGUUCUAAGUCAGGUGGCGCCGAUUCGCCGGCGCUUCCGCCCAGC